CCGGCAGCGGGGGAGCGACAUCGGGACUCUUCUUUUCUUUGAAAAACUAAAAGAUAAAAAAGGAAAACUUUGGAAUUUCCGGUGCAAACUUGAAACUUGUGAGGUCGGAGGACGAACUGUGGGGUCAGCAUGGCAUCUCUGAUGAACUCUGCGUGCUUGCUCUUCUUGCCUGUUGCUCUGCUUCUGAUGCUGAGUCCGUGUUCUGCAGUCUCAGCCAGAAGGUGUCACUCCAUCUACAAGGGUUUCGCUCAGUGUCUGAUGGCUCUGGGCGACAGUUUGACGGACAGCGCCCGCAAGGAGGAGGACACGCACGAGAUACACUCCAUCUGCAGGUCGUGGGAUGAGUUCCAUGACUGCGCUAACGUGGCGAUGGCUGGCUGUCCGGAGGAAGCGGCAGCUGUCUGGGAGUCUCUCCGCCAGGAGUCUAAGAAAAUGCAGUUCUCCGGAAACCUUUAUGACAUGUGCUCCAACCGUAACACCCACCCAGCGGCCUCGGUGUCCCCUAACGGCUCACCCAACCAAGAAGAGAUCAACCAGGAGUCUCUAAGAGGGAGUGCCUAUCACGUGGCAGGCUGCCUCCACUAUCUCCUUCUACUGUCUCCUCUGCUGCUGCUGUUGUUGUUUUGGAUAUAAAUACCCCCAAAGAAAUGGGAUUAGUGUGAAUAGAUAUAAACUUUGUGUACUUUUUCUUCCACGAUUCCAUAGACUUUUCACUGCUUCUUCCUCUGCUCUGCCAGGGGUCGAAUAUUUCUAACUGCAUGUUCAGAGGCUCGACAGUCUUUUUGAUAAUAUAUCUCUAAAUUGCCUGUGCCGUUUCAUGCAUAUUCUCUGCCUAUUAAUUAGAUUCUCAGUUGAAAAAAGCUCACGAAACUCACCGAGAGAUACACAAGCCCUGCAAACACAUACAUAGUUGAGCAGAUGCAUACUGCAGCCUCGCAUCAUCCGUCUUUAUCCUGUAUCCUUCUAAAUCUAGUUAGUACGAGCUUGCAUGUGAUGGUUUCAGGGUGAGUCUGUCUCCUUGAAUGCAAUAAGAUAAGAGAUUAAUAAGAGAAAUGUAAUGACUAAGACUUGUUUGAUAAACUUGAAAACAAAGCGAUGAAAAGACCAGAUGCCACAACUAGUUACUGUUAACCCCACUUUUAUGUGGGCUUUACAUGAUGAACAACACCCAUUUCUUAUUUACUAAAUGCAGACACAGUGCUGGGUGUGAGUAGUUAAGAUAUAAUGAUGGUGACGAUGAUGUAGUUCUAAUGUUCUGAAAUUAGUUUUUCAGACUACAAAGUAAUUGGAGUCAUAAAUUACACUUGUUGUAAAUGGAGCUAACUUUGAAGCUAACUAAUUUUGAAUAAUGUUCUUAUUUAGAGAAAAUGGAUCACAGUGUCUUCUGUGGGUGCAGGAGCAACACAAGCUCUGAGCUGAAGUUCAAUUGAAGUCAGAGUAUGCCGGAGUGGUUUUUAUUUGCUGCUUGCUCAGUUAUGAAGUCCUCUGGGGCUCCUCCUUGGCAUCCUACAUUGGAGCCCUACAGUAUGGGACCAAUAUGUUCUCCAGUCAGAAACACAACCCACUUGCAUGCCAAGUGGAUUUCAUGCUCCAGGAGUCAUAGAUUUGGCCCUGCAGGCCUGCUUGAGCUGCUUGUUAUUCUAAGUGGCUGCAGGUAACAGUUGUUUCUGUCUGGCCCAGGAUCAGAUAUAUUAUCAGAUUAGAGACAGAUAGAGAGUGAGAGAGAUGAGUACAGCUGGAAAACACACAGUUCUGCCUAGUUGAAGAUUGAAUCCACUUGUCUCGCAGCGAGUGUGUUUUACACAGGGGGCUUUAGGUUGCAAGUUUACUUUUCCUUCUCCACAAAAAAAAUAAAUCAAAGCCAGGUCGACUUUAAAGAGUUACGCUAAGAUGUGUGGAUGCACAAAACAUAAUCCUCAAGGGGCCGCAACAGUGCACCAACUUUAAGAGAGGUGGAAAUAAAUGAAAUUUAUUAGACAAAAAAGAUCCAAAGAGAGCUGCGUAAUAGCUGAUUGAGUCUAUCUACCUUGCCAGUGGCAAGUUCGUUAAAUGUACCUUACAGAGUUGAAUAGAAGCCGAGAGGCAUUUCAAACAGAUUUAUGGAUGGGUGACAAAUGAAAGAAAAAUGCAACAUAAAGUGCGUCUUGGCAUUGAUUUUCCAAGUCUCUGGAACUCUGCUUGAGGGAUGAAACAUCAUUCUCCCAAAGAAAUUCCCUUUAUUUGGUGUUUUGAUGAUGGCAGUGAGGAGUGCUGUGUAACAAAGCAGCCCGAAAUCUCCUGGAGGUUCAACGGGGUUGAUAUUGAAUGAGAAGGUCAUAGCAAAUGAUUCACACUUUUCCUUUCCCAUGUCCAUUCAGCGGCCCCUUGUCUACUAUAGAUAGCUGAAUUAUCAAUCUGGAACAGUUCAUAGACUGUAUAUAAAAGAUAGACAUAGCCACCAUGAUAACAACCACGGGUCUGUGAAGUCUUACCAUGAACCCUAGAGCUGAAUAUUCUUCUGGUUGCUUUUUAUGUUUUGAAAUCAGACUGAGACUUAAAAAAUUCAAGAGACACGGCACAUUUAUGUUGUAGCAACUUUGCACGAGGGUCCUUGUGGACGUCCAUGUGCAUGCCUGUGUUUUUGACCAUGUGGACUGAUGCACAGAGAAUUUACAUUGCAAUGCACCAACCUAGCC